AUCCGAGGGAAUAAAUAGUCCAUGCAGACUUUGGCAUCUUCAGCUGUCUCAUUCCAGGGGGGCUCAGCCUUUGAACAACACUGAUACUCUGCUCAGAUGGAAGAACAGAGCGAGCUGUACCAAUAAGGUUAGAGUUUACUGGAGUUCCUUUCCAAAAGCCUACAGGGAGGAAAAACUAGCCGGAAAAAAAAUAAAUAAAUAAAAGCAGCGACAACUUCUCAGAUUUUUCCAUCCAGGCACAUCGAGUGUUUGAGGGCGGGGAGAGUGAUCUCACUGUUAUCAGCGUGUUGGGUUCACAUCUAAUUUGUGAUAAUCAUCCAGCGACAAGUGAAGUGAAAGAUGCAGAUAUGAGCCCAGAGGAGGAGCCAGAGUAUCAAACACCGCCCACCUGCGAUCUGCUCGGCCUUCUGCUGAAGAACAGACGCCCCACCGGAGCUGUCAACGAGGUUUGGCCCAACCUCUACGUCGGAGAUGCGGCCACGGCUCGGGACAAAAGCCUGUUGGCGGGUCUGGGAGUAACACAUGUGGUGAACGCCGCAGAUGGCCCCCAGCAUAUUGACACCGGGCCACGUUUCUACGAAGACACCGGCAUUCUGUAUCAUGGAGUCGAAGCACCAGACAGUAAAGAGUUUGACUUGAGCCCGUUCUUCGCCGAGACGGCCGAUUUUAUUCACGGUGCCUUGAGGCGGGAAGGUAAGGUGCUCGUCCACUGUGCCCGAGGAGUCAGCCGCUCAGCGACUCUGACGCUGGCCUUCCUCAUGAUCAAAGAAGGACUUACCCUCGUCGAGGCCGUGGAAGCCGUUCGCAGGCACAGAAACAUCCUUCCAAACGUUGGGUUUCUGAAUCAGCUCUGUCGCCUGGACUCUUCCCUGGCCCUGCAGAGGAAACCUACCUGGCAUCAAGGAGCGGAGAGGCAGCGCCUCAGGCGAUAAAAAAACUUCCUCUAACGCGAAUGUUUUAAAAUCUUUAAGGAUGAUUUCACAACCUGAAUCUGUUUAAUACAAAUCAUCGACCUGCUUUAUUUCUACCAUCCAGGUUGUCGCCGGUUUUGAGUGUAUGUACAAGAUAAAAACACGUUUUUUUUCA